AUGGGCAAUCGAAGCAUUCUCACCACCAUUUCGGGUCAAAUUACCGCGUCACAACGCAGCGGAAAUGACAUCAACAACGUCACCAGCAAACAGUACAAUCCACAUCUGAUUGGAGUCCAAUCCAAAUUCAGACGAAAGUAUUAUCACAAAGCACUUUUAGGUCUACUAAUAUUUACUAUAAUCAUACUGAUAAUAACAAUAAUAAUUAUAAGCUUAAAACAUAAGAGAUCUGCAACGAUUUGUCGCACAAAUGAGUGCAUACGCACAGCUGCAAAUCUAUUAUACUCUAUGGACGAACAGACUGAUCCCUGUGAGGACUUUUAUACAUUCACUUGCGGCCGUUGGGCCAACGAACAUCCCCGCCCUGACUCUAUCACAUCGAAUGACUGGUUUCGAGAGAGUCAAGCCAAAAUUAUGCGAAAGGUCCGCAGUUUCUUGCAGGCGAACGUGAGCGAUGCCGAACCAUCGGCAGUUGCUAAAAUUAAGGUUAUGUAUAAAGCCUGCAUAAAUACAGAGUUACUGGAUGACCGAGAGCUGGAACCACUUGUGGAGUAUUUAAGAGAAUUUGAAUUGCCACUUUUACCAAGUGGUUUCAAUAUGACACUGUCUAAGGAGGCUGAAAAGAAAUUUGGUGAUAUUGAGAAGUUUAACUGGUUACGCGCCUUGGUGAAUAUAAAAAAGUUUACUGGUAUGGAUCUGAUUAUAGGUUUCGAUAUAUUUGCUGAUCCACUUAAUAACACAAUCAAACGCAUAGCAUUUGGUACACCGGAGUCUGAAUCCUCAUUACCUUUUAAUAAUGAUGAUAUGCAUAAACUAUUGCAUAAAGUAAAACGAAAAAAGAUAUUCAAUCAAGAUGAUGAUGAUGAUAUGGAAAGUCGUGAAGAGGAGGAAGAAGAAUCUGCUAAGCACACUUCUGCUGGUCUCACGGCUUAUGUGACGUAUGUGAAACAUAUACUAGAAGCAUAUAUUUUGUACUUAAACCCUGACACAAAGUCAGAAGAAAUUGAAGACACAAUAGGUGAUAUGGCUUUGAAAGCAGUCAAAGUGGCAAGAAGAAUAUUUAGGUUAAAAGAGGAUGCAGAAAAUGCCACAAAACCAAUGAAAAAUCCUGCCGAAGAUAUUGUGUAUAUAUCUGUGAUUGAUUUACAAAAUCAAACCGACAAACUAAUAGCACCCAAGACUAUACCCAUUUGGGAAGAAUACUUACAACUCAUUAUGAAUAAUACUAAUCACACAAAACCAUUUAAUAGUAAAGACAUCAAAAUUAUAACAAGUCAAGCAGAUAUAAUUUAUCUACAAACUAUAACGGAGUAUUUAUUUGAUGUAGCACCAGAAGAUAUCGAAUUCUAUAUAUGGCUCAGCGUAGUAGAAGAAUUAAUAUUACACACUACAAGUGACAUGCGAUUGCUUCAUACCGAGUAUAUGCGUGUUAUGAUCGGUACCGAAGGAAGUUCACCUCGUUCCAUUUAUUGUGCACAUGCUGUAAAUAGUUUAAUGGGCAUGGCUGUUAGUUACUCACUGGCAGAUAAAAAUUUUACAUUGCGGAAAUUACCAAAAGUUGAGAAUAUGUUAAAAGAUAUACGCCUUGCAUUUGAAAAGUUAGUGCGCUCCACAAAUUGGAUGGACGCUGAAACAAAACGACAAACUCUACAGAAAUCAGCAGAGAUGAAAAGUUUUAUAGGAUUUCCCGAUUGGUUAACUAAUGCUACUGAACUAAAUGAAUAUUAUGAGGGAGUGUAUGUUAAUGAAACUAAACAUUUGGAAAACAUGAUUGGAGUGCUACGUUGGCAGAUGCAAACACGUUUAGAUGGUUUCUAUGAACCUGAAGUAUUUGGUUGGGCUACGUCUCCAUCAAAUGUGAAUGCAUUUCAUACAUUUCAAUCGAAUGCUAUAACCAUUCCUAUUGCAAUAUUGCAGUAUCCUUUUUAUGAUUUGGGAUUGGAGUGA